CAGAGGAUCCGGAAUCCUUGCAGCAGCCUCUACCUGGAUCUCCUGCCUCUGAUUAGGAGACUUUCCAGGGGAUGGUUUCCGGGGAGAACCCAGGGAGGGCAGCCGAGCUGUCUGAUUCAGUGAGCCCUCCCGGGGUUGGGGGCCCCCUACUGGGUGGAGCAGCCACACCUGCUUCAAGUUCUAAGGAAGAGGGCGGAAACAGCCACCAGUGCCGCUCUUGCGAUAGGCUCCUUGGGCCCCUGCGGUCUGCUGGUGGCAGUGGGUCCCACACUCCCUCACUUCCCUAAAUGGGCAACUUCACUUUUAGAACCCAAGGUCCUUCCCUGGUAGACCCAGGUGGCACGUCCUGCGUCGGUCUGGGCCCUCACCUUGGAUCCCCCAGGUGCCCUGGCCCCUUGCUGGGCCUCUGACUGCCCAUCUGGAUGGAGCAUGGCCCCCAUGUUCCUGCUGCUGCUGCUAUGGCUACAGGACUGCGUCUCAGGUCUCCCCGCUGAGAGCGUGUACAACAAAGUGCAGCACCUGGAAGGGGAGACCCUGUCUGUGCAGUGCUCCUACAAGGGCCGCAAAAACCGCGUGGAGGGCAAGGUUUGGUGCAAGGUCAGGAAGAGGAGGUGUGAGCCUGGAUUUGCCCGGGUCUGGGUGAAGGGGCCACGUUACCUGCUGGAGGACGACGUCCAGGCCAAGGUGGUCAACAUCACCAUGGAGGCCCUCAAGCGCCAGGACUCGGGCCGAUAUUGGUGCAUGCGCAACAGCUCCGGGAUCCUCUACCCCAUGAUGGGCAUACAGCUGGAAGUGUCUCCAGCCCCCACGACUCAGAGGAGCUCUCCUCUCACACGUCUGGACAUCCUCAAGGGUCAGGUUGUCACGACGGGACCAGCACCCACCUCGGGCCCUGACACCUCUUCCACUUCCAGCGCAACCCUGUUUAUACCUAGACUCCUCACCUUGGCCAGACGCUUGCCCUCCACUGCCUCAGGGACCACCGGGCCAGCCUCUGUGACCGGCUACAGCUUCAUCAGUACCAGAGCCAUCACCACAAGACCCACAAAGACCACGGGACCCACAAAGACCACGGGACCCACAAAGACCAUGGGACCCCCACUGGUGACAGUAUCUCCCAGUGAUGCCAGAGUCUCCCCUGCCAUCCCUACAUCCAUCUCUACCACAUCCGGGUACCACAGCAGCCACUCGCCCACCACAGGAAUAUACCACAACCAAUUACCCUCCUUCAGCGCGGCGAGCGAGCACACAGUGGGAGCUGGUCUCCCCCUGCCCUCUGUUCUGCUCCACAGGCCCCCGGAUUCUCACCUCACCGUGCUGCUGGCCAUGCUGACCUUCCUCCCAGCGUCCAUGAUGAUGGUCAUGGUCUAUGGCUUUUGGAAGAAGAGACACAUGGGAAGUUACAGCCUGUGCAAUGAUUCUGCUGGAGCCUGGGCAGAGCCACCAAGAAGACCAGAGCCCCUGUGGAAGCCGGCUGAGUUUGAGACCACUUAAUGACGGGAUGUCUCCCAGGGAGACACUAGGAGCCAGAUGAGGAAUGGAGACCAGGGUCUGUCCUGAGGGGAGGGGGACAGCUAAAGCUGCCCUCUUUCCACCCAGGGCCACUGGAUCCUCAGCAUCCUCUGUUCUCAUCAAGUUUCCCCAUCCAUGUGGGGACAAGAGUUGGGGCUCAUGAGCCCAGAGGCAGCUGAUGUUCCAACAGUCCCAUGAUGAAGAGGAGAAGGGACAGUGACUAAGAGAUGGGUCCACAAAGGGGUCGGUAUUAGCAGAUCCCAGAAUUGUCCAAAGCUUCCCAUUUGGCCAUGUGUCCUGUGAUGGGGCCUCUGCCUGCUGCAGCUGCUGGCCCCUGCCCCCCCAGAAGCCUGCACCCCACCACUGCCACCUGCCGCUGGCCCCUCUUGGGAAGCCGAGAGCCCUUGGCUGAAGGCCGGCCUCUGCAGAAGAUGAACUCAGGACUCUCUCCCCAGGAUCCUGCACCUGGGCUUCAGCUCUGAGUUCCCAGAUGGUCCUGAGGACGCAGCAGCCUCCGUCCUCCAUCCUGGGGUGCUCGAAACCCCAGCUCUGCGGAGGGUGCUCACCCACAGACACUGAUGGGAGGGGCUAUGGUUUGGAGUAAGGGGUCACCUCCUCAUCCCCAAGGGGCUUCUGUCCACUGGGAAAAAAAUGACUCACUUGUGACACAGUGAAGACAACUCAGAGCUACCUCGGCCUGGAGAAGUGGCCCAGGAAGGCGCAGACAGAAUGGGACCCAGGAAGCCUCAGGCCAGGGGUCCACAGAGCCUGCCUUCCACUCGUGGCUCCGAGUUGGCCUCCGCGGUCUAGACCCCUGUCCUGGAAUCUAGCAGUGAAAGAUGAGGGGUUCCAUCAGCCUGCAGUGACCGGAAUAGCACCAGGAUAAGUGUGACAUCUAUACCCUUGGCCUUGGUUCAGGGACCUCCUGGUGAGAGAGCAAACCUCAUGUCAGGAGGGUGACAUAACUGGGGGCUUGGUAGGCAGCUGGGGGAGCACCCCAGGAUGGCUGUAAGAAGGGGGACAAUGCAGAGAGGGACACCUCUUCCAUUCAUCCAGCAGAGCGCAGAAGGAGGAUUCAGGUUGAGCAACUGACAGAACUGGUCCCAGGACUGACGGACAGACAGACAGACAGACAGACAGACAGACACACACACACACACACACACACACACACACACACACACAUGAUGACCUCAAUCUGGUCAGCAAGCAACCUGCUAAGAUCCACUGUCCUGGCGUGUGACUAGGAAGGGCUUAACUUAUCUGGGGGAAAUGGCUCCUGGAGACCCCACCACCACACUGGUGACCCUUUGCCAGCAUCACUGACAGUCCUGAUGGCACCAGCUCCCAGAGAGAGAGGCCCGAUGGGAAGGGCACUGGAGAAGGAGUCAGGGAUGGGGACCAGUGAUGCCAUUGUCACUGUGUGACCCUGAGCAAGUCACUAACCUUAUCUGGGCCUCAUUUUCCUCUCUUAUGAAAGGGGACAAUAAUUCCUACCUCUCAAGAUUGUUUUCAAAGUACAACAAAAUGACACAAAUACUG